UUUCCCAGUGCCUUUAUUCAUUGAAGGAACCCUGGUGGCUCAGUGGUUAAAUGUUUGGCUGCUAACCAAAAGGUCGCCAGUUCAAAUCCACCAGCCACUCUUUGGAAACCCUGUGGGGCAGUUCUACUUUGUCCUAUAGGGCCGUGAUGAGUCAGAGUUGACUUGACAGCAAUGUUUUUUUUUGUUGUUGUUGUUAAUUCAUUGAAAAGACCAACUUCUGCCCAGUGAAUUGCAGUACAGCUUUUAUUAUGAAUCAGGUGUCUGUAUGUGUAUUAGCUUUUUUCUGGACUACAUUGCAUUCUUUGUUUUAGUUGACCCUUUUUGUCUCCAUAUUAUACUGCCUUAGUUACUGUAGUAUUGAUCCCUCUCUCUUCUUUUUUUUUGAGAUUGUCUUGUCUCUUCUAGGUCCUUUGUUUUUUUUAAUAUAAAUUUUAAAGUUGGGUUGGUUGCCACACUGUGGUAUUGGAGAGUGCAGAAAGACCCACACAUAGAUGAUUUUUAUACAAUUUUGUAUAAUUGAGUUUUAACGAAGGGGCCAGUGCAAUUCAAUGGGAGAAAGGAAAAUAUUUGCAACAAAUGGUGCUAGAAAAACUCCAUAUCGAUAUGGGAAAAAAGUGAACCUCAAUCUUUUCUCAAUCACACACAAAAAUUCACACCAACCAUGUAAUAGCCAAACUUAAAAGCUAAAACUAUGAAAAUUCUAGAAGAAAGCCUAGAAGAAAAACCUUUGCUAUGUUGGAGUUUGCAAAGCUUUCUUAGAACAUAAAAAGCCUGGGUUCCAUCAUCAUUUAAAAUGUCUGCUUUUUGAAACACACCAUAAAAAAUAAUAAUAAAAAGGCAAGCCACAGACUGGGAGAAUAUAUUCACCAUAUAUAUACCUGAAUAAGGACUUGUAUCCAGUGUGUUGUGUGUGCGUGUGUUUAUAAGCACACACAUACACAGUAUAAUCAAUAAUAAGAAAAACAACCCGGUUUAAAAAUGGGCAAGACGUCUAAGUGGACACUUGACAAAUGAAGAUACACAAAUGGCUGAUGAGGAAAUGAAAAGUUGCUCAACAUCAUUAGUCAUCAGGGAAAUGUAAAUUAAAACCACAAUGUGUUACCACAGCACACUUGGUAGAAGAGCUAAAAUUGGAAAGAGUAACAGUAUCAGGUUUUGACAUGGCUGCUUUAUUUAGCUAUGGAAGCCCACCAGCCUCGUGGGUCCUCUCCCUACUAUCCCCUGGUUAACUGGCUCGAUCUCUGACCUACCUAUGACACGCAUGUCAAAAAAAUUAGUUAACUUGAUUUCAUGAUCUCUUUUGGUUAUCUGCAUGUCUAUUCAAUAUUGUUCUUCCAUCUAAGAUCUCAUCAGGGAAUAUGGAGCCCCUAUCACACACUCACCCUUAUACUGGGCACCACUGGGGCUUAGGGAUGAGGAUAAAUCUUAAGACUACAUCCCUCAAGAGCUGUACUCCAGUUGGGAGCAUCACCUAUAACACAGAUGUAAAAGCAAAGAAAAAAUUAAGUUCCAAAUUUCCUGGCACUGUCUUUAAGUGCAAACAUCCAGGGACUGGAAAGAGUGUUUACAAAGGCUUAAUGAUGGAUAUAUGAGCUUGAAAGAUAUCUGGCUUUAACACGUGCCAUUCAAUUGAAGACACUGACAGGUGUGUGGACAGGUACUAGGAGGCAGGAACAUGGUACAGAAUUAAACUGUGUCUGAAGAUGUCUCUUUGGCUAUUGUCACUGGCAAUUCUUGCCAACUCUACCUUCUAAAUCAACUUCCCAUCCAUCCAGUUCUCACCAUCUGCACCACUCGUGCCCUGGUCCAAGUCCUCCCGUGAUCUGUGGCUCUGAGUAGGGCCACCUUGGCCCCUACACUCUGGAGCCCUAUGUAGAUCAUGUCCUUGCCCUGCUCAGAUCCUGCAUGGCUUUCAUCACACCGAAACCACAACACCAGAGUUCUCACAAUGGCCCCACACCCACCACCAUCUGCUACAUGUGCCUCUCCAACCUCGUCUCGCAGUUCUUUCCUCUUUCGCACCUCUCUCCAGGUACACAGGCUUUCUUGGGGUCCUCAAAUACCCCUAGCUUAUUCUCUUCUCUAGACCUUGACUGUCCCUCUACUUAGAAAACCUUCCCCUUACUUUCUCAAGACCCACUUCACCUUGUCCUCAAAAUCUCGACUAAAAUGCCACUUCCUCCUAGAGGCCUUCCUUCAUCGCUCUGUCCCCAUCACUCCUCACCUUCCCUUAGCCUAAUCUCUUCAUAACAGUUGUCAUUACCUGAGGUCACUUACGGUGCUGAAGCCUUGCUGGACCUCCUUUGCAUCUAGAUGCCUGACAUGGUGGAUGCUCCAGAAAUAUUUAGCUGAAUCCAUGGUUCUGCUCCAGAUAUAUGAACAUGAAAAAAACAAAAAUCCUCACAAUUGGACCAAUAAACCACACCAUAAUAAAUGAAGAAGAAAUUGAAGUUGUCAAGGAUUUCGUUCUACUUGGAUCAAUCAUCAGAGUCCAUGGAAGCAGGUGGGUCAAGAAAUCAAAGGAUGUAUUGUUUGGUCAGAACUGCUGCAAAAAACCUUUUGAAGCUUUAAAAAACAAAGAUGUCAUUUUGAUGACUAAGGUGCUCCCGACCUACACCAUGGUCUUGUUCAUCUCCUCACAUACAUGUGAAAGCUGGACAAUGAAAAAGGUAGACAGAAGAAGAAUUGAUGCAUUCAGAUUGUGGCGUUGGUGAAGAAUAUUGAAUAUACAGGGCACUGCCAGAAGAACGAACAAAUCACACUGUUAAGAAAUACAACUAGAAUGCUCCUUAGAAGUGAGGAUGGCAAGACUUUGGCUCACUUACUCUGGACAUGUCAUCGGGAAAGACCAACUGAUAGAAAAGGACAUCUUGUUUGGUAAGAUGGAGGGUCAGUGAAAACAAAGGAAACCUCCAUGAGAUGGAUUGACACACAGCCUCAACAAUGGACUCCUACGUACCAAUGACUCUGAAGAUGGUGAGGGAUUGGGCAAUGCCUUCUUCCGUUAUACAUAAGGUCACAGUGAGUCAGCGCCAACUCCAUGGCAACAUGAUUGACCACCUAGUUCUGAGCCGGGUAUAUACAACUCUGCUUUCCAGAGACUCUCUUAGUCUCCUCCACACAGUAUCCGGGAUUUGUCCUCUUUAAAUGGCAUCGUGUGCAGACGUGGCUCAAGACUGCGGAGGACCCUGUAGCAUGGGACAUGAAGUGUCCCCUAGUGUGCUGGGAUGAACGCACUUAGGUUCUCUGUCUUUUGUCCGGAAACUCCAUCAGGUAGAGAAAUAGACACUCCCACCAAAGAGACCUGCCUGCCCCUUUUGGCUGGCUGUGUGCUCAGCCCCGGGCUGGUCUGUUCUUUCGAAUAAAAGGAGCUCCUGUGUUACGAUUCCCUCAUGUGAUGGUUCUGAAAAGGUUCACUUCACUUACUAAUCAAAGGGAAGCUGCAUCUUUUUUUUUCCUUCCCUGGUCUCUGUAGUCAUACCACCAAGGGUUACCUGAUAGCUACAACCAGGUUGGGUUACACCGAUUCCCUCAAUAAUGCCAUUUGCUACAAUGAUGGAGCUGACAAGGCUGAGUGACUUGGUGAAAAUAUUUCCCUAUGGGAUGACCUCGUUGGUGGCCUGCUUACCAUCACACUCACUUUUAUAAUGCAAAAGGAAAUUAUUUCUGCUUUUAACGAUGGCGACGCCAGAAAUAGUGAGUAAAAGGGAGGUGGGGAGAGAAUCUGUUUCUAAAAAUAACUUCUCGACAUUUUGUGGUGGUGUGCUACUGAGCAAGGAAGGGAACUUUCUUACUCGGGUUGGAUGGUUCAGGAAGCAUUUUACCAUUGAUUCUUCUUUAUGGAAAAGUUCGCUACAUGUGACGAGUAAGAAAUAAGUACCAGCAAGAACCAAAGCCCAGAAUGGCUGAAUAUGAAUUGAUUAGUUUUCUAAGAUGUUCUGCAAAACUACUCUUAGAAUGGAAAUGGAAUAAACAACUUUUAGAGCACAAUUCUCGCUUAGAUUUUACUACUGCCUUGUGAAACAGCAGAGAGACCAAGUUGGUUUUGAAUGCCUUAGUAGCGCCCUUUUGAAUUUCAAACAUUCCAACAAGUAACCAGAAAAGAAAUAAGAAUGUAUGCUCCAUGAGUCUGUUUUUACCUGCAAAUUGGAGCCCUGGUAGAUUUUAGCACUCCAAGGAAGCUGGCUCCUAGAGAACCCAUGGCUGAUACCUGGGUAAGUAGAUUGGAAUUUAGGUGGGAAAAUCCUGCCAUUUCCUUGCUUGGGUGCCCUUCUCAGAGUUACAGGCAAAGACUGUGAAAGACUGCUGGGUGGUGUGUUAGGUGGAAUUCUCUCGUAGCAAACAGAGCCCCAGUGUUGGCGUGCUGGAAGCCAGCGGUCUCUGGCUGCUCCUCAUUUUGCUAUUUAAGGAGGAGACUGGGCACCCAAAGGCCACACAGACACUUUGAUCCUUAAUUAGGUCAUGCUUGCGUGAGCCAGGAAAAGGGUUGUGUUUACGGCAAACGGCUAAUACUGUGGUUGAGCGAACCUUUUUUGUGCUAUCUGCAGUUUGGGGGAGCAGCCAUUAUGAGGUGGACGUGGAGCUGGAGCCGAAUCUCAGAAGCCCUGAAAUAGUCACGAUGGGGGAAAACGAACCCCCCGCAACCGAAACCCCCUUCUCCUUUCGAUCGCUCUUUGGCCUUGACGAUUUGAAAAUCAGUCCUGUUGCGCCAGGUAGGUGGGGCCAGGUGCGACCCUGUGAUUUCCGCCUUUCCUCUCCUAUCUAGGUGAUGAAUGGGGCCAGGUGUCUCUGGGGGGAAAUGUCUUCCCAGGUGCUUGCAUGCUCGGAAGCUAGGACACAAGCGCUUUCUUUGGCUUACAGGAUCCCAGAGAAGGGGCUUUGAGAGGGGGUCUUUUUGUUCAGCUCCUUGCUGACAAGCCUGAACAUCAACAACCUAGAGACAGGUGUUUUAUUCUCUGGUUGAAGGUCUUCAGAGAAGGAGACUCCAUAAAUGCCCCGUCAGCCAGAGGUUAGAUUCUGACCGGGACAUUCUGAGACCUCCAGGAAGUACUGAGAACCAGUGGUCCCCACCCUUCCUGAAAACCUAGAGUCAGCUGAGCAUUACCAAGCGUAUUAGAGGCUAGAUGAAAAUCCACCCACAGGUGACAGAAUUGUUCCCAGCAACCAAGCAAAGGAAAGCUGGUUGUGUAAAUAAGUCUCAAAUGCUUGGGGAAGCAGUAGGCUCCAUAAUAAGAUCUGGCUAGGAUCUUUUUGGCAAGAACUUAUCAGGACUUGCCUAAGGGAGCCAUGGACUUGUUGGUCCCAGAAGCCAGGCUUGGGUGCAGUCAGGGGACUCAUUCUUUGGGGCUGCUAACGAGGACACAGUGGGGCUCUGGCCGAGGUCCCAGAAAGCUUGGGGUGGCGGUUACCCUAACUUGAUUCCUUUUAAGCCACCUGGACAAUUGAUGUGGGCAGGGAAUGGAGGGGAGGUGGAAAGAGAAGUUUCUAGUAAGAAAAAGACACAUAAUUUAAAAAUAUACAUCAAAACGCAUUGCCACAAAUGUACUUAAAAAAAAAAACAAACCUGUAAUUGCCUGAUCUCCAAACUUACUUGUUUUUUAUUUCACUCUUUUCCUAUUCUUGCCCCUAAUAUGAAUCCUUAUUGUUGCCUAUGGAUUCAUGCUUGGUGCAGAGAUUAAAAAAAAUAAUAAUAAUAAUCAAACCAGCUGCUGUGGAGUGGACCCCAAAUCAUGGCGACCCAUGUGUGUCUGAGAAGAACUGUGCUCCAUAGGGUUUUCAAUGGCUGAUUUUUUGGAAAUAGAUAGCCAGGCCCUUCUUCCUAGUCCAUCUUAGUCUGGAAGCUCUGCUGAAACCUGUUCGGGAUCAUAGCAACACGUAAGGCCCCACUGACAGAUGGGUGGUGGCUGUGCAUGAGAGGCAUUGGUCAGGAAUCAAACCUGGGUCUCCUGCAUAAAAAAAAAAAAAAAAACUUUUAGGACGCUAGAAAUCUACCACGGAACCACCAAUGCCCCCCAAGGAGCUGCUAUUGAGUUGAUGUCGGCCCAUGGCGAUCCAAGUGUGUCAGAGUAGAACUGCGCUCCGCAGGGUUUUCGACGAUGUGUAGGUAAUUUCAAUAGCUGAUUUUUUGAAAAUAGAUCACCAGACCUUUCUUCCAAGGCACCUCUGGGUGGAUUCAAACCUUCAACCUUUCAGUCAGCAGCCAAGCACUUAAACUAUUUGCAUCCCCCAGGGACCCCUGUUGCAGAGACAAACAGGCCUUUUCUGCGUGCUACUUGGUUUUUAUAAUAAUCUUUUUUUAUGGCAUCCAAACAUCCCAUCCAGUCUAUGCAUAAUUUACCUAGCCAUUUUACCAUGAUGUGACAUAUAAUUGUUUCAAAUAUUUUUAUAAUAUAAAUAAUAUAAAAUAUGCAUAUUCCUUUCUGCUACUUUUUAGAUGAUUUCAUCAUGGUUAAUUUCUAGUAGUGGGGAGAAACAAAAACUUCUAAAAAACAAGCAAAAAAAAACCAAUAUAUUAUUCGUUAUAGAAAUAUAGAAAAUACAGCUAAUCAAAAAGAUUCUUGAAAAUGUCCUACGGUGACACUAUUACUCAAAGGCAACCCUAUUAAUAUUUUAUUAUCGGAUUUCUUGCCUUCAUUUCUAUAAAUAUGUCUAUGUCGCCCUUUGGGAAUAAGAUAUACUAUCUUUAUGCUUUUAUUUUUUAAGUUAGCAAUGUCAUGUGCAUCUUUCCAUGGCAUUAAAUUAUUAAAUAUUCUUCAGAGAUGGGCAAAUGAUGGCCUAUGGGCCAAACCUAGCCCACCUCCUGUUUUUGUAAAUAAAGUUUUAUUGGAACACAGCCACACCCAUUUGUUCACAUAUCGUCUACGGCUGCUUUCAUGCUCUAACUCAGAGUUGAGCAGUUGCAUGACAGAGAGCAUAUGGUUCAAAAAGCUUGAAAUAUUUACUGUCUGGUUCUUUACAGAAAAAGUUUGCUGACCUCUUAGUUAUUAAUCUAAUAUAAUUAUCUCUAUUCUUAUUCUUGCCCCUAGUAUGAAUCCUUAUUCUUACCUAUGGAUUCAUGCUUGGUGCAGAGAUUAAAAAAAAAAAAAAUCAAACCAGUUGCUGUGGAGUGGACCCCAAAUCAUGAUGACCCAUGUGUGUCCAAGGAGAACUGUGCUCCAUAGGGUUUUCAAUGGCUGAUUUUUUGGAAAUAGCCAGGUCUUUCUUACUAAUCUGUCUUAGUCUAGAAGCAUCAUGACAACAUGUAAGCCCCCACUGACAUACGGAUAUACUCUGUCAUUUCACCAGUCCCCAUUUGUCAGACACUUAAGUUGUCUCACAAGCAUUAAUGUCAUAAAUGCCAUUCCUGUAAGUAUCCUUGUAAGUAGAGAUUCAUGUCCAUCUAUGAUGACAUUUUAGGAUAAACUCCUAGGAGUGGAAUUCCUAGAUUAAAAAUUACACCUAUUUUUAAGCUUUUUGAUACGUGUUUGCAAUUUGACCCUCAGAAAGCUUUCACAGUUUAUAACCUUGUGGACUGUAAAGGGGUGUCCGUUUCCUCUCAGUUGGGACCACAGUGGGUAUAAUAAUAAAAAAAUCAUUGUCAAGUUAAUAUGUAGCUGCUAUGUCUAACAUACUUUUCCCCCCCAGAGAUUGAAGGUUUUCUCAUGCUUAUAUAUCAUAUAUGGAAACCCUGGUGGCAUGGUGGUUAGGAGCUACAUCUGGUAACCAAAAGGUCGGCAGUUCGAAUCCACCAGGCACUACCUGGAAACUCUGUGGAGCAGUUCUACUGUGUUCAGUAGGGUCACUAUGAGUCGGAAUUGACUCGACGGCAAUGGGUUUGUUUUUUUUGGUUUUUAUGUCAUAUAUCUGUCUUCUUUGGAGAGUUGCUAUGUGUUUUGUUUUUUAUCCCAGGCACGUCCUCAAGAAUAGAAGAGACUAGCGGGGUGGGACUUUGUGGCACCCACCCAGGGCACCCAGGCAGAGGAUCAAUCAAGGAGCAAAAGUGAACUUAUACAAAGUUUCAAACUCAAUAACAAUCUUUAAUUAUACAACGUGGACUCCUUUCCUCAAUCUAAUUCUUGGACAUAGAACAACUGGAAUGAUGAGAUGUCACUCUUGGGGGUUCCUUCCAUUUUUUAAGUGUAACUUUGAAGAUGGGGAUGCAGUUGCUGCCCAGAUCCUGUCUCUGCUCCCACUGAAAUUCUUCCCUAUCAUCGUCAUUGGAAUAAUCGCACUGAUCUUAGCGCUGGCCAUUGGUCUGGGCAUACACUUUGACUGCUCUGGGAAGUACAGGUGCCGGUCAUCUUUUAAGUGCAUUGAACCGACAGCUCGAUGUGAUGGGGUCUCCGACUGCAAAGACGGGGAGGAUGAGUACCGGUGUGUUCGGGUAAGCGGUCAGAAUGCUGUGCUCCAGGUGUUUACAGCUGCUUCCUGGAAGACCAUGUGCUCUGAUGACUGGAAAGGUCUCUACGCAAACGUUGCCUGUGCCCAGCUAGGUUUUCCAAGCUAUGUAAGCUCCGACCACCUCCGAGUGGACUUGCUGGAGGAGCAAUUCCGGGAGGGCUUCGCUUCCAUCAAUCACCUCUUGUCUGAUGACAAGGUGACAGCUCUGCACCACUCAGUCUAUGUGAGGGAGGGAUGUGCGUCGGGUCACGUGGUCACCUUGAAGUGCACAGCCUGCGGUCGGAGGUCGGGCUAUACUGCACGCAUCGUUGGUGGGAAUAUGUCCUCGCUCAUGCAGUGGCCCUGGCAGGUCAGCCUUCAGUUCCAGGGGUACCACCUAUGUGGGGGCUCUGUCAUCACGCCCACGUGGAUCGUCACCGCUGCCCACUGUGUUUACGACCUAUACCUCCCCAAGUCAUGGACCAUCCAAGUGGGUCUAGUUUCCCUGCUGGACAGUCCAGCCCCUUCUCAUUUGGUGGAGAAAAUCAUCUACCACAGCAAGUACAAGCCAAAGAGGUUGGGCAACGACAUCGCCCUCAUGAAGCUGGCAGGGCCACUCACAUUCAACGAGAUGGUCCAACCAGUUUGUCUGCCCAACUCAGAGGAGAAUUUUCCCAAUGGGAAGAUGUGCUGGACGUCAGGAUGGGGGGCCACGGAAGAUGGAGGUGACGCCUCCCCUGUGCUGAACCACGCAGCUGUCCCACUGAUUUCCAACAAGGUCUGUAACCACAGGGAUGUGUAUGGCGGCAUCAUCUCACCCUCCAUGCUCUGCGCGGGCUACCUGAAGGGCGGCAUAGACAGCUGCCAGGGAGACAGCGGCGGACCCCUAGUAUGUCAAGACAGGAGGGUGUGGAAGCUGGUGGGGGCAACAAGCUUUGGUAUUGGCUGUGCUGAGGUAAACAAGCCUGGUGUCUACACCCGCAUCACUGCCUUCCUGGAUUGGAUCCAUGAGCAGCUGGAGGUGGGUUUAGCCCCCCUCUGCCAGUGGAGCACCUCUUCCCCAGCUCAUUCCAUCAUGUUAUUCACCCUAUGGGUAACCCGUUGAGUACUACCCAAGCCCUGCUAUAAAGACUGAUAAUCAGUUGUCAAUUCGGUGAGCAGUGAUUCAGGGGUGCCUGGAGCCCUGGUGGCGUAGUGGUUAAGAGCUCGACGGCUAUCCUCCAACAAACCACUAGGGUGUUGGACUAGAAUGACCUUGAAGUUCCUUUCCAACCAGCACAACUGAUCCCCCCCUCCCCCCGCCCCAUGCUUUCUGUAGGUGUGGUCCAUGCAGAUGUGAUAUGACAGAUGAAUGGGAUUCACCUAGCAGGGGGAGGGAGGAGAGGCAGCUGAGGAGGAGCCCUUUUGGAGAAAGGGGGUGAGUUGAAUGAGUCUGUAUGUAGAUAGGAAACCCUGGUGGCAUAGUGAUUAAGUGCCAGAGCUGCUAACCAAAGGGUCAGCAAUUCAUAUCUGCCAGGCGCUCAUUAGAAACUCUAUGGGGCAGUUCUACUCUGUCCUAUAGGGUUGCUAUGAGUCAGAAUCAACUUGAAGGCACUGCGUUUGGCUUUUGGUUUUUUUUGCUAUGUCGAUAGGAGGGAUGGGUGGGGUGAUGGUGCUGAGGUGGAGACAGAGGUGCGAGGGUCUAAACGCAAAGACCCCAAACUCCUAUGAAGGAAUUUGGACCUUGCCGGGAGCCAGGGAUAAGCCCGAAAAUCUCCAAUCAGGGGAGAACCAAGCCAGCUUUGAGCUAUAGGGGCCUCCUGUGAGUGGGAAGAAGCCCAGGUGGCAUAGUGGUCAAGAGCUACUUCUGCUAACCAAAAGGUCAGCAGUUCUAAUCCACCAUGUACUCCUUGGAAACUCAGUCGGGGCAGUUCUACUCUGUCCUAUAGGUUGCUAUGAGUCAGAAUCCACUCAAAGGCAACGGGUUGGUUUGUGAGUGGGAAGGGCCUUGAGGAGGGGCUGCUUAGUCACUGCCAAGGUGGGCUGGGGCCUCCUGGGUGCCUGGUAAGGUGUGUCAUAGACACCGCAGUAUGGCCAUGGUUGGAUGGCGUUGCCCACCUCACCUCCCAGGCCGUGGUCAGAUGGCAAUGCCCACUCACCUCCCAGGUAAGCAGGCAGAGGCUGCAGGCAGGUGAGGCCUCACACAGCAGAAGUUUUGAUAGUGUGGCACCGUCCACCUAGGGGGCGCACAGCAGGUAUUUGCAGACUUGACCUCAUGGUCUGAGCCUCAUAUGCCUCCUGGGACCAGUUUCAAGGACCUUCUUUAAAAGCUUUUUAAUCCGAAGCCAUUGGUUAAGAAAGGAUGUCACACUUGUAAUGUGCCUCAGAUGUUAAUGUCCCUUUCCUCCUCAUUGAACUUUUGCCUUAAAUAAGAAACUAAACGAUGGUUCCUCCUGUUGGAAGCGCCUACGGGAACCUGAGGCCUCACUGGGUUACUUGGAGAAGAAAGUGCAAGGGUGAGGCUGGGAGGACUUGGGUUUAACUCCUAGCUCUGCUCGUCUGUGGCUGUGCAGCUGUGAGCAUCACUCACCCUCUCGGGCUCAGUCUCCUCUGUAGGUACUAAGAGUUCUUCCCUUGAGCACAGCAAAGAUGAAGUGCGGGCACACAGCAAGUCUCGGCAAAUGUUAGAAGAUCAGCCCAUUCGAAAAUGUUAGCCAGAGGUUGUUUAGGUCUCUGGGUGGUGCAAAAAGUUUGCACUCAGCUACUAACCUAAAGGUUGGCAGUUCAAACCCACCCAGCAGUGCCACCCAAGUUAGCCCAGGCAAUCCACGUCUGUAAAGAUUACAGCCAAGAAAACUCUAUAGGGCAGUUCUACCCUGUAAUGCAUGGGGUCGCCAUGAGUCAGAAUUGGCAACGAGAAAAAGGUCAUUUGGUUGUAAGACGGCACACUGGCCCCGCACCCAGCACUGAGGAGCACAAAAUGACCUUCAGUACAAAACUCAGCAAGAACCCAUCAACCCUGUAGAAAGUACUGCAGUGGGAGUGGGAGCCUGACAUGGAGAUGGGCCAGGAGGAACAUGGCAAGGAGCUCCGUGGCAGCUAUACACAGGCCAGGGGGUUCCAUGUGACUGAGGUAGUCAUCAAGAAAGUUGAGCUUGAGGCACUGAAGGAUGCAAGUCAAAGACACCCACUCCCACUUCUUCAAGCCCUUGAGGAAUGCAGGGCAUGGGUGGGGGUGAAUGGGUGGUGCAAUGACAGGGAUCAUGUCUUAGCCCAUUCCCCUCAGGGCUAUUGCUGUAUUAUAGAGGAGGGAACCUGCUUAAAGCCACCAGGCUAAUGAAGGUAAGUGUGAGUCUCACCAAGACCCAUGACUCCUGCCCUGCACAACUCUGCCCAGCAGAAUUAACAAAGCUCAAAGUUAGGGGCACAUAAGACUCUCCCUGGCUGGCUGUUAAGAAUGGAGAUCCCAGAACCUUCUCCAGAGAGUCUGCUUAGGGGGUCUGGGGUGAGGUCCCAUGGUGAUUUUGACACUGGGGGUCUUCAGACACACUCUGAGAAACACUAGUGCUUGCUCUGGGGCUCCCUGGAAGGGUUUUAGGAAAGAUUUCUACUGUGCUCGUGAAACUGUGGAUGAGUGGUUUUGACUAUGAUGGAUGGAAAGGCUCCUCGGUUGCUGGGGAGUUGCUCUUUGUGGAAUGUCUUAGUUAUCAGCUGCCUCUCACCCACUGUGAAGUGUUGGCCUGUCUGAGAUGUCAGCAUACCAUAGACAUGCCUUUUCACAAGUCUCCCUUCAGAUGUCCCAGGAAGACCCAGGAGAAGCUUCCCUUCCCAUGAAGUUUCCCAGCAGGUCUACAUCAUCUUCUCCCUCCCUCCCUCUUUCCCUCUUUCCCUCUCUUCCUCCCUUCCUUCCUUCCUUCUUCCCUCCCUCGCCCCUCCCUCCCUUCCUUUCUUUCUUCCUUACAAAAAAUAAUUUUUGUAAUCAUCACCACUAUUUACUCUCAAAAAUUUUCAUUAGCCCAAAUGGAAACUCUGCAUCCAUUAAGCAAUAGCUCCCCACCCCUAACCUCUGUUUGUGGUAACCUCUAAUCUACUUCCUGUCUCUAUGCAUUUACCCAUUCUAGAUAUUUCACGUAAGUGGAAUCAUACAAUGUUUUUUGUCCUUUUGUAUCUGGGUUAUUUCAGUUAGUGUAACAUUUUUAAGGUCCAUCAUGUAGCAUGUAUCAGAACUUCAUGUCUCUUUUUUUUUUUUUUUAUUGUGCUUUAAGUGAAAGUUUACAAAUCAAGUCAGUCUCUCACACAAAAACUUAUAUACACCUUGCUACACACUCCCAAUUACUCUCCCCCCAAUGAGACAGCCUGCUCCCUCCCUCCACUCUCUCUUUUCAUGUCCAUUUCACCAGCUUCUAACCCCCUCUGCCCUCUCAUCUCCCCUCCAGGCAGGAGAUGCCAGCAUAGUCUUAAGUGUCCGCCUGAUCCAAGAACCUCACUACUCACCAGCAUUCCUCUCCAACCCAUUGUCCAGUCCAAUCCAUGCCUGAAGAGCUGGCUUCGGGAAUGGUUCUGUCCUGGGCCAACAGAAGGUCUGGGGACCAUGAUCACCGGGAUCCUUCUAGUCUCAGUCAGAACAUUGUUGUUGUUGUUAGGUGCCAUUGCCUAUGCACAACAGAACGAAACACUGCCCGGCCCUGCGCCAUCCUUACAAUUGUUGUUAUGCGUGAGCUCAUUGUUGCAUCCACUGUGUCAAUCCACCUCGUUGAGGGUCUUCCUCUUUUCCGCUGACCCUGUACUCUGCCAGGCAUGAUGUCCUUCUCCAGGGACUGAUCCCUCCUGACAACAUGUCCAAAGUAUGUAAGAUGCAGUCUCGCCAUCCUUGCCUCUAAGGAGCAUUCUGGCCGCACUUCUUCCAAAACAGAUUUGUUCAUUCUUUUGGAAGUCCAUGGUAUAUUCAAUAUUCUUCGCCAACACCACAAUUCAAAGGCAACAACUCUUCUUCGGUCUUCCUUAUUCACUGUCCAGCUUUCACAUGCAUAUGAUGCGAUCGAAAAUACCAUGGCUUGGGUCAGGCACACCUUAGUCUUCAGGGUGACAUCUUUGCUCUUCAACACUUUGAAGAGGUCCUUUGCAGCAAAUUUGCCCAAUGCAGUGCGUCUUUUGAUUUCUUGACUGCUGCUUCCAUGGCUGUUGAUUGUGGAUCCAAGUAAAAUGAAAUCCUUGACAACUUCAAUCUUUUCUCCAUUCAUCAUGAGGUUGCUCAUUGGUCCAGUUGUGAGGAUUUUUGUUUUCUUUAUGUUGAGGUGUAAUGCAUACUGAAGGCUGUGGUCUUUGAUCUUCAUUAGUAAGUGCUUCAAGUCCUUUUCACUUUCAGCAAGCAAGGUUGUGUCAUCUGCAUAACACAGGUUGUUAAUGAGUCUUCCUCCAAUCGUGAUACCUCGUUCUUCUUCAUAUAGUCCAGCUUCUCAGAUUAUUUGUUCAGCAUACAGAUUAAAUAGGUAUGGUGAAAGAAUACAACCCUGAAGCACACCUUUCCUUACUUUAAACCAAUCAGUAUCCCCUUGUUCUGCCCGAACAACUGCCUCUUGAUCCAUGUAAAGGUUCCUCACGAGUACAAUUAAGUGUUCUGGAAUUUCCGUUCUUCGCAGUGUUAUCCAUAGUUUGUUAUGAUCCACACAGUCGAAUGCCUUUGCAUAGUCAAUAAAACAAAGGUAAACAUCCUUCUGGUAUUCUCUGCUUUCAGCCAGGAUCCAUCUGACAUCAGCAAUGAUAUCCCUGGUUCCACGUCCUCUUCUGAAACCAGCCUGAACUUCUGGCAGUUCCCUGUCCAUAUACUGCUGCAGCCGUUUUUGAAUGAUCUUCAGCAAAAUUUUGCUUGCAUGUGAUAUUAAUGAUAUUGUUUUAUAAUUUCCACAUUUGAUUGGAUCACAUUUCUUGGGAAUAGGCAUAAAUAUCGAUCUCUUCCAGUCAGUUGGCCAGGAAGCUGUCUUCCAUAUUUCUUGGCAUAGACCAUUAAGUCUGGUCUUUUUGUGAGAAUUUGGGGUCUGCAUCCCACUGAUCUCCUGCUCCCUCAGGGGUUCUCUGUUGUGUUCCCUGUCAAGGCAGUUAUCAAUUGUAGCCGGGCACCAUCUAGUUCUUCUGGUCUCAGGAUGAUGUAGUCUGUGGUACAUGUGGCCCUUUCUGUGUCUUGGCCUUGUAAUUACUUUGUGUCCUUGGUGUUCUUCAUUCUCCUUUAAUCCAGGUGGGUUGAGACCAAUUGAUGUAUCUUAGAUGGCUGUUUGUUAGUGUUUAAGACCCCAGACGCCACUCUUCAAAGUGGGAUGCAGAAUGUUUUCUUAAUAGAUUUUAUUAUGCCAAUUGACUUAGAUGUCCCCUGAAACCAUGGUCCCCAGACCCCUGCCCCUGCUACACUGGCCUUUGAAGCAUUCAGUUUAUUCAGGAAAGUUCUUUGCUUUUGGUUUAGUCCAGCUGUGCUGACCUCCCCCGUAUUGUGUGCUGUCUUUCCCUUCACCUAGAGUAGUUCUUAUCUACUAUCUAAUUAGUGAAUGCCCCUCUCCCACCCUCCCUCCAUCCCUCCCUUCCCCCUCUCCUAACCACAAAAGAAUGUUUUCUUCUCAGUUUAAACUAUUUCUCAAGUUCUUAUAGUAGUGGUCUUAUGCAAUAUUUGUCCUUUUGCAACUAAUUUCACUCGGCGUAAUGCCUUCCAGGUUCCUCCAUGUUAUGAAAUGUUUCACAGAUUCAUCACUGUUCUUUAUCUAUGCGUAGUAUUCCAUUGUGUGAAUAUACCAUAAUUUAUUUAUCCAUUCAUCUGUUGAUGGGCACCUUGGUUGCUUCCAUCUUUUUGCUAUUGUAAACAGUGCUGCAGUAAAUAUGGGUGUGCAUAUAUCCGUUCAUAUAAAGGCUCUUAUUUCUCUAGGAUAUAUUCUGAGGAGUGAGAUCACUGGAUUGUAUGGUAGUUCUAUUUCUAGCUUUUCAAGGAAGGGCCAAACCGAUUUCCAAAGUGGUUGUACCAUUUGACAUCCCCACCAGCAGUGUAUAAGUAUUCCAAUCUUUCCACAGCCUCUCCAACAUUUAUUAUUUUAUGUUCUUUGGAUUAAUGCCAGCCUUGUUGGAGUGAGAUGAAAUCUCAUUGUAGUUUGGAUCCGCAUUUCUCUAAUGGCUAAUGAUCGUGAACAUUUCCUCAUGUAUCUGUUAGCUACCUGAAUGUCUUCUUUAGUGAAGUGUCUGUUCAUAUCUUUUGCCCAUUUUUUAAUAGAGUUAUUUGUCUUUUUGUAGCUGAGUCUUCGCAGUCUCAUUUAGAUUUUAGAGAUCAGGCACUGACCAGAAAUGUCAUAGCUAAAAACUUUUUCCCAGUCUGUAGGUAGUCUUUUAAUCUUUUGGUGAAGUCUUUGGAUGAGCAUAGGUGUUUGAUUUUUAGGAGCUCCCAGUUAUCUAGUUUUUCUUCUGCUUUCUUAAUGUUUUGUAUACUGUUUAUGCCAUGUAUUAGGUCUCCUAACGUUGUCCCUAUUUUUUCUUCCAUGAUCUUUAUCGUUUUAGAUUUUAUAUUUAGGUCUUUGAUCCAUUUUGAGCUCGUCUUUGUGCAUAGAGUGAGGUAUGGGUCUUGUUUCACUUUUUUGCAGAUGGAUAUCCCAUUAUGCCAGCACCAUUUGUUAAAAGGACUGUCUUUUCCCCAUUUAACUGUUUUGGGGCCUUUGUCAAAUAUCAACUGCUCAUAUGAGGAUGGAUUUUUGUUUGGAUUCUAAUUCUGUUCCAUUGGACUAUGUAUCUGUUGUUGUACCAGCACCGGGCUGUUUUGACUACUGUGGUGGUAUAAUAGGUUCUAAAACCAGGUAAAGAAAGGCCUCCUACUUUGUUCUUCUUUUUCAGUAAUGCCUUAUUUAUCCAGGUCUCUUUCCCUUCCAUAUGAUGUUGGUGAUUUGUUUCCCCAUCUCAUUAAAGAAUGUCGUUGGGAUUUGGAUCAGAAUUGCAUUAAAUGUAUAGAUCGCAUUUGGUAGAAUAGACAUUUUUAUAAUGUUAAUUCUUCCCAUCCACGAGCAAGGUAUGUUUUUCCACUUAAGUAAGUCUCUUUUGGUUUCUUGCAGAAGUGUACUGUAGUUUUCUUUGUGCAAGUCUUUUACAUCUCUGGUAAGAUUUAUCCCUAAGUAUUUUAUCUUCUUGGGGGCUA